ACGUUACUGUUAUAAUAAUUAUUAUUAUUAUAUUGACUAUUAUUAUUACGAUUAAAAUUAUUAUAAUUAUUCGGAUUUUGUCUAUUCUGACCAUGGUUAAAAUUUUGCUUAUAAUCAAAGUUUUUCCCGUUUGGAUUGUUUCCCUGAUAAUUAUUUGACCAACGAUUUCCGUUAAAAUUUUGAUUUCCGUUCUGGUUUAUUUUAUUUUCAUUAUUUUGUAAUUCCUUAUUAAAAUUAAAUUCUAUUUCUAACUGCCUAGCCAUUUGCAUUGCCAGUUCCAACGUUUCUGGAUUCCUAGCUCGUAAUAUCGUUUGUAGAUCCAUUGUUAACCCAUUUAUAUAAAUUGCUAAUGCCUGAUCUUUAAGAGUUUGCCUUAAAAUUCUCUCCUCUUCUGGUGUUUUAUUUGCUAAAGUUGCAUUACAUAAAUUAUACAGGUUAAAAAUUAGAACUUUUGUCUGAUUACGAUAUGUUUCUGAUGUUUAAGAACGGUCAGUAUUCGUGGAGGUUUGAUGCAGACGAGCAUGCGAUAUGCAAAGGCUAAUAAUUUAAAAUCCCCGAAUUAUGAGGAAACGAAAUAGAAAUCCUGGUUGGUGUAUCAAGAUUAGUACAUGCCGUAUAAUAGUUAUAACUUGGGUCGACCAAAAUUUAGACGGUUUGAGCGAAUUAACCCCCAAAUCGGCUAGAUGUCGUGUAUACGAAGUAGAUAUAUCAUACCCGCAACACUUGCACGAUAUGCAUAAUGAUCUGCCAUUCCUACUACAAAAUAGCAUACCACAUGGCUCAAAAGUGCGGAAACUUAUGGCGACGUUUGAGCGUAAGGAAAACUAUAUUGUGCAUUAUAGGAAUCUGCAGCAGGCAAUUGAUAACGAGUUGAUAGUUGAAAAGGUACAUAGAGUCUUGGAGUUUAUCCAGUCAGAUUGGCUUGCCAAGUAUAUCCAGUUAAACACCGAGAUGAGGAAGAAGGCCAGGAACGAGUUUUUAGUUUUUAAUUUCAGUGUUCAAUUUCGGACUGAACUGAAUUUUGAGUUGGAUCCUGAAAGACAUACAGAUAUAUAAAGUGAAAUCUCAAUUAACCGUCUGCAAAAGGAAAUAAAAAGUGACAUUUAAAAAAAAUAAAUACAUUUUUUAAAAAUA